AUGCCGGAGCUGAGGUCUAGGCCCACCGGCUCUGGACUCUGCCGGGCGCCGCCGCCCUGCUCCAGGUCAGGGGACCCCGGCGCGUUCGUGCUUCCGCUGUCGUUGAGGUCUGGGCCCCAAGCUCUCUGCAGGACUUGGCUCGCAGCCGAGCCGCACAUCACCCCAGAGCCCCCCACGGUCCGGAUCGUGGAUCUCGCAUCCCUACCGGCUGUUCAUCUUGAAUCUGGGAAUGAAGUACCCGGCCGAGCCGCCGGCUUUCCCCGCUCGCGAAGGCUGCGAACUCUCGUUAGGAUAGGCGCCUAG